AGAAAUGCUGAAGCGGAAAGCCAAAGCGAAACGCGUUGAGUUCGCUACGCGUCGCCGUCGCAUGGCACGAGCACAUAACAAACGCGUCAGGGAAGCUAAUUACGGAAAAAUUUUGUUUUUGGACAAAUGCAAAUCAUUUUUGCGAUAGAAGUUUUUGUCGGUAAUUACCUAUCUGGUUGUAUUAGAAUUUACCUUUGUUUCAUCUGCGACGCACUACCUCGAAAUCCAAUUUCUUGAUGAUCACAAGAAAAAAUACCUCCAUUAAUAUCUCUCUACUUCCUCUAAUCUCGAAUCAAGACUUUGGCCGCUCAGGGCAAAACUCUUGCGGAUUUGCCGGAACAUCUACGCACUCAAGGAGAGGUGGAAGAGGACCCGUACCAUAUCAAUUAAGGCAUUAUUCAAGGUCCUCAGGGAUGAAGAUUCAUUUACAUUUUCGUGGUCAGUGACAGAGUUUUAGCAAGUAUAAGUAAGUAUAAGGCUAAGUAAGCAAUUAUUUUUCUCGGUUUCUUUCACUUUCGUUCGUUUUCUUGGUGGACGAUAAUUCAUUCCGACUCCGACAAGAUGAAAAGCCAGAUGGCACUUCCUUCUUAUUCUUAAGAACAGACGUUGGGUGAAAUCACGGGUUCGGGGCUCUAAAUCAACUUGAAAGAGCCUGUCGUUGACCGGAAUGAGGUGGACGUGGACGUCGACCUCAACGAUGAGGACUGGGAUGACGAAGAGUCGGAUGAUGACGGCUCAUCAGAUGUCAGUGAUGAUGAUGAGUUAUAAGUAGAUCGGUCUCCAACGUAGUGGAUGGCCUCAUGGUAGACACUUAUAGGUACGAAAGACGCACCAUCACAUGACAUGACAGUGGAGCAGGAGUAGAAAGGAUUAAAGUGGAGGAGGAAGAGGAGGUGAUUAUGGGGAUGUUAGAGGAACCAAAACGAUUCUCUGUGAACUCCUAGUACGACCACUUUACUGGAUGCGGUUAGCGUAAAAAACGUAGUUGUAAGAACAAAAGGAAGACCCACCGAGAUCGAUAUCAUCGAAGAUGCAUCAAUGAAAACGAUUAGCGAAGUCCAGCUUUGAAUUGUCAUAAUACGCAAUGCCGCAAUAUAGGCUUGAAAACCUUGAAAAAUUUCGUCGUCGACAUGAUGAUGAAGAAGCAACUCCAAAUUCAAUACGAAUUUGAGGAAGCUAGACGAUUGUAGGGGGCUCCUGAUAGCCAUUUGUAUUUG